ACCAAUAACAAACAUCUUAGACCAGUCAUAGAAAGAGAAAAACAAAUCAAUCUUCUCUUUGUGUUUCAAGAGAACAAAAGAAGUUAUGAGAGAUUUAAUAUAUCGUCAACUAAAGGUGAUGGUGAUGAUGAUGGUGAUCGUUUCUUGGAGAUGUGUUUUGGGAUUGGAGAACAUUAACCCGAUCUUCUUUGAUGAAGGUCUUUCUCAUUUAUUUGGUGAAUCUAAUCUCAUUCGAUCUCCUGAUGAUCGCAGCGUUCGAUUACUCCUCGACAAAUACACCGGGUCAGGAUUCAUAUCUUCAAGCAUGUAUCAACAUGGAUUUUUCAGUUCGUUGAUAAAGUUGCCUGGAGCUAACACGGCCGGUCUUGUAGUCGCCUUCUAUACAUCAAACGGCGAUGUGUUUGUGAAGAACCACGACGAAUUAGACAUAGAGUUUUUAGGGAACGUUGAAGGGAAGCCGUGGCGGUUUCAGACGAAUAUGUAUGGAAACGGUAGCACAAGCCGUGGCCGCGAAGAACGUUACCGUCUUUGGUUUGAUCCUUCCAAGGAGUUUCACCGUUAUAGCAUCCUUUGGAACCCUACCAAAAUAAUAUUUUGGGUAGACGAUGUGCCAAUAAGAGAAAUCAAAAGAAAAGAAGAAAUGAAUGGAGACUACCCACAAAAGCCAAUGUCUCUCUACGCAACCAUUUGGGACGCCUCAAGCUGGGCAACUUCCGGCGGUAAAUUCAGCGUUGACUACACAUUCUCACCUUUCGUCUCCGAGUUCAAAGACAUUGCUCUCGAUGGUUGUAAUGUCUCCGAGUCACUGACCACUCUGACCAGAGAUAACUACAACAAUAUCAAUUGUUCUGCCUCUGACCAACUUCUCAUGACCAGCGAUUACUCAACCAUUAGUCCUAAACAAGCAGCUGCAAUGCGACGGUUCCGAGAACGUUACAUGUAUUAUUCGUAUUGUUAUGAUACCGUACGAUACGCGGUGCCUCCGCCGGAAUGUGUGAUUUUGACAGCUGAGAAGGACCGGUUUAGGGAUACAGGACGGUUGAAGUUCGGUGGUAGUCAUACUAAAGUGCAUAGAGCACGUAAAAAAAGGAGGCGGAACCGGUCCACGCCGGUGGUAUCGGCUGAACUAUAGCAUUAAUUAGUUGAAUUGAUUCCCGAGUAUGUAUAUAUAUAGUGUUUUUGUUAUAGAUUUCAACAUGUUUUCACGUUUACAUUUUAAAAUAUUUCUUAUAUA